CCGGCCCCCAGCAUGGCUUGGCUGAGCUGGCCCGCGCCCUGGCUGUGGGUCUCCGGCUGCGGGCUGCUGUUCUUUGCCUUCGCGCUGCUCCUGAGUCCCCGCGGCUGCCAAGCGCGGCGGGGCUUCCGCGGCCUGCUAAUGACGCGCAGCCAGCGGCUGCUCUUCCGAAUCGGGUACAGUCUGUACACCCGAACCUGGCUCGGGUACCUCUUCUACCGACAGCAGCUUCGGAGGGCUCGGAAUCGCUACCCCAAAGGCCAUUCCAAAACUCAGCCCCGCCUCUUCAAUGGAGUGAAGGUGCUUCCCAUCCCUGUCCUCUCGGACAACUACAGCUACCUCAUCAUCGACACCCAGGCCGGGCUGGCUGUGGCCGUGGACCCCUCAGACCCGAGAGCUGUGCAGGCUAUCAUUGAAAAGGAAAGAGUUAACUUGGUUGCCAUCCUCUGCACCCACAAGCACUGGGACCACAGUGGAGGGAACCGUGACCUCAGCCGGCGGCACAGGGACUGUCGUGUGUACGGGAGCCCUCAGGACGGUAUCCCCUACCUCACCCACCCCCUGUGUCAUCAGGAUGUGGUCAGUGUGGGACGGCUUCAGAUCCGGGCCCUGGCUACCCCUGGCCACACUCAAGGCCACCUGGUCUACCUUCUGGAUGGGGAGCCCUACAAAGGUCCUUCCUGCCUCUUCUCAGGGGACCUGCUCUUCCUCUCUGGCUGUGGACGGACCUUCGAAGGCACAGCAGAGACCAUGCUGAGCUCGCUGGACACCGUGUUAGACCUGGGUGAUGACACCCUGCUGUGGCCUGGACAUGAAUAUGCGGAAGAGAACCUGGGCUUCGCAGGUGUGGUGGAGCCCGAGAACCUGGCCCGGGAGAGGAAGAUGCAGUGGGUGCAGAGGCAGCGGAUGGAACGCAAGAGCACAUGCCCAUCCACCCUGGGAGAGGAGCGCACCUACAACCCAUUCCUGAGAACCCAUUGCCUGGCAUUACAGGAAGCUCUGGGACCGGGGCCAGGCCCCACCAGUGACGAUGGCUGCUCCCGGGCUCAGCUCCUGGAGGAGCUGCGCCGGCUGAAGGACAUGCAUAAGAGCAAGUGACACCCCAGCCCACCCCAUCCCGGCUGUCCCUGCCCAUCACCCACACCUCGCCAUCCUUUUCAUCACUAAUGCCACCACCGCCACUGGUGCCCUAGGCAGCACCAUUUCCUCCAGACUGUUCCGGGAGGGCACAGCCCAGCAGGGACCUAGAGGAGAAGGCAGCAGCAGGCCAGUAUGGCUGGGUGUUUAGGAAGGCAGCACCCGGGACAUCUCUAGACUUUGCUGCCUUGGAGGGUCUGCCUCCCUUCCCCAACUCGUAGACCAAUAGCCAGAUGGUGAAAGGCUGCUGUGGGCUCCCUUCCAGAGGCCACACCCCCACUGGAGCCCUAGAACCCAGGAGAGCGGAGCACUGACCUGGCCAGUCUAUCCUCCACUCUUCCCCCUCUAGGGUUGUCAGAGAAGCUCACCCCGAAAACAGUGUUGUAAGGUGUGGUUCCUGGGAGAGUGGUCACCAACAGGGGCUGCUGGACCCUAGGUGACGGAGACUCUAAGCCCUACCUUGCCUACCCUGCUAAGACAUCGCCAGACAGAGCUGUUCCUAAGAACACACAGGGGCUGGAAGCCUGGCUCUGGCCAAUCCCUGCCUCAGUCUGGCCAAUCCCUGAAGGCCAGAGGGAAAGUUUCCUGAUUGCCAAGGAAUCUUUUGCCUCAGGCCAUGGAGACACAAGACACUGGGAUACAGAGCCACGCGCCACACAUAUGUCCUGGGUCUGCCACUGGCCUCUGCUCCUGCCCCGGUCACAAGGGCCUGCCUUCCCAGGGGAGAGUGAGCUGUGGUCUGCCUGAGAGAUCCUGCUUUCCCCUUGGAGCCCUUGUCCUUAGGGAUUCCUGCCUGCUUCUGUCUUCCUUAACAUCUUUUGUUUUAUCCUCAUCUCUUUUCUUCUUGAUGUCAUCAAAGGCUGAUUCUUUCAGUCCUGGUACUCAUCUGGCUCCUUGCAGUUUUCAAAAAAAGAAGAAAGACCUUCCAUCUCCACAUGAUUUCCCGUCGGAUCCCAGGCCCCACGCUGGCAGUGUUCAGAAAGCCGAGGUCUGGGAUCAGGGAGCUCAGUUGAGUGUCAACUUCCAGGACCCAGGCUCAAGUCUGCCCCACUGCUCAUCCCUCCUCCCACUCUGCUUGUCCUCUGGUCUCAGGUCAAGGUCCCUCUUGGGCCACGGUGAGGACCGCUGUGGUUAGCUAGGAGCCUCCCCCUGGGAUGCGCAGUGCCCCCUGCUGAUCCUCCCAGAUGCCCCUGCCCUCAGUUCUCCAGUCAUCUGGCCUCCGCUGCCCUCUCCAGCCCCAGCCUUUGGAACCCACUCUAGCAAUAUCACCAGACUAGUUAGCCUCCCCGCCCCCAAGACACGCAGUUCCACGCCUUUGUGCCUUCGCUCACGCUGUUUCUUCAGCCGGAAUGCCUUCCCACUCCUCCUGCCUCCUCUGCCUGGCAAAUGCCUGUAUUAGCCUCUCCCAGGCUCCUCCCCCAGGAAGGCGACCUCCGCACCUGUAAAUGCUUCUCGUGGCGCCCAUCACACCAUACUUUACUUGUUUACAUGUUUGCCCCCCUUCUAGACUGUGAACCCUUACGGGCAUGGACCGUAUCUUAUGCAUCUCUGUAUUCUGCGCCUAGCACGGUGCCUGGCACACAGUAGGCGCUCAAUAAAUGUUGAAUGAAUGAUUUAA